AUGUUCAGUCCGCACAAGAAUUCGUACCUGCAGCUGGUGUGCGCGGUGAACCCUCGGGUGAUAAACAAAGCAGUGGACCAGGCGAUGCAGGUGAAACGAUUGGACCCUCACACAGAGCUGCCCGCCGCAAAGCGUCUGGAAUCUAUGCAGCCGUCACUGUACGCGCCCCACGUGGACAUAACGCGCGCCCGCCUCGGCUUCGGCCGCACGGGCCUGCGUCUCCUCGUCAGGGACCUGCAUUCGGACGACCAGCUAAUCCAAUUGCAAGCCCUGCAUAGCGUGCUCGACCAGUUGCAGAUUUCCGAGAGCGCGAUGUACCUGAUAGACCUUCACGUCGCCCACCGUCUCGUCGACUUGAUGCUGUCCCGGAACCCGAUCGUGAUGGAGAAGGUGUGCAACAUAAUCUCACACCUGGCGACCAGCUACCAAGGCAGGAGGCAGUUGAUGACGCGGCCCAAAGUGAUAACCAACUUGAUGUGGCUGGCGAUGAGGGAGAGGAAGGAGGUAAGGUACGCGGCGGCGCACGCUCUGAACGCGCUCUCAUACCAUCUGUGCUGCUGCGAACUGAUGAUGACCGUGGAGGGGAUCGUGGAGAACUUAAUAAAGUUGAUAAAGAAGGACCACACCGGCACAGUUCUGCUGCACCUGCGCACGCUGACCAACCUGACCGACUGGGACCCAGUGCCGGCGCUGAAGGCGAACGCUUUCCAGGUCUCUCUCGCGCUAUUCGUCAAUAACGACCCUCGGAUAGUGGCAGCCGCGAUGGACUGCAUGGCGCAGCUGUGCUGCCACUCCGUCGGCAAGGAACUGGCGGACGCCAACGAUCUGAACUUCGUCCUUCUCGGGCACCUCCACUCGAACUCGAUGGCGGUACGCAUCAGCGCCGUCGGCCUGAUGCAGUACGCGACACUCACCGCGCGCUCCAAAUGGCGCGCUAAGGAGAUCUGCGCCGAGCUCACAGAAGCCCUGGUCGGUCUGUGCCGAUGCACCAAGAGCCCCGCACUCCAACUGCGCUCCUUCCAGGUGCUGAUCAACUUGUGCGAUUGUCCCGAUAUAAGGAAGCACGUGGGGGCCCGUUGGAUGGAUGCGGUGAGGAGCGCCGCCGUAUGCCCCGCCGAGCUGUGGGUCGGCACCGACGAGGUAGAUGACGAUGUACCGCAGAACGCGUUGGCGGUGUGCCAGGAAUUUCGGAAAGGCAAAGACGAUGAGCCGGAUGCGGUAAACUUGUGCACUUAUAUAAGGCAGGUGCUGGACGCGAAGGAGCGGUUAAUACGAGCCAUAAAUUGGAAGCCGUACGAC